UCCAGCACAAGCCCUCCACCACCGGCCGGGCCCAGGGAGCCCCUCGUCGCCCGGGGGGCCAUGUCCGCCCCGUGCCCCCCCUCCCCGCCGCCCGGGCUGGGCGCCCCCGGGGGCGUCUAGCACGCCCCCUCCCCGACCACCGGCCGAGCGGCCAUGGACAGGAGGGAGGAGGCGCCCGCGCAGGGCGCUGCACACCUGGACUUCACCGUGGAGAACGUGGAGAAGGCGCUGCACCAGCUGUACUACGACCCCAACAUCGAGAACAAGAACCUGGCCCAGAAGUGGCUGAUGCAGGCCCAGGUCUCCCCGCAGGCCUGGCACUUCAGCUGGCAGCUGCUGCAGCCCGACAAGGUGCCCGAGAUCCAGUACUUUGGGGCCAGCGCCCUGCACAUCAAGAUCUCGCGCUACUGGAAUGACAUCCCCCCCGACCAGUACGAGAGCCUCAAGUCCCAGCUCUUCGGCCAGAUCACCCGCUUCGCCAGCGGCUCCAAGAUCGUGCUGACCCGGCUCUGCGUGGCGCUGGCCUCGCUGGCGCUCAGCAUGAUGCCCGACAGCUGGCCCUGCGCCGUGGCGGACAUGGUGCGCCUCUUUCAGGCGGAGGACUCCCCCGUGGACGGACGGGGCCGCUGCCUGGCCCUCCUGGAGCUGCUGACCGUGCUGCCCGAGGAGUUCCAGACCAGCCGGCUGCCCCAGUACCGCAAGGGCCAGGUGCGGGCCGUGCUGGCCCAGGAGUGCGGCGCAGUCUUCCCGCUCCUGGAGCAGCUCCUGCAGCAGCCCGACUCCCCCGGCUUCAUCAAGCAGAAGGUGCUCAAGUGCUUCUCCAGCUGGGUGCAGCUGGAGGUGCCCCUGCUGGACUGUGAGAGCCUCAUCCAGGCGGCCUUCUCCGCCCUGCGGGACCCCGAGCUCUUCGACAGCAGCGUGGAGGCCAUCGUCAACGCCAUCUCCCAGCCGGACGCCCAGCGGUACGUGAACACCCUGCUCAAGCUGAUCUCCCCGGUGCUGGGGCUGCAGGAGCAGCUGCGGCAGGCGGUGCAGAGCGGGGACAUGGAGACUUCCCACGGGAUCUGCCGCAUCGCCGUGGCCCUGGGGGAGAACCACUCCAGGGCCCUGCUGGAUCAGGUUGAGCACUGGCAGAGCUUCCUGGCGCUGGUCAACAUGAUCAUGUUCUGCACGGGCAUCCCUGGGCACUAUCCCGUCAACGAGACCACCAGUUCCCUGACCCUGACCUUCUGGUACACGCUGCAGGAUGACAUCCUGUCGUUUGAGGCGGAGAAGCAGGCCGUGUACCAGCAGGUGUACCGGCCCGUCUACUUCCAGCUGGUGGACGUGCUGCUGCACAAGGCUCAGUUUCCCUCCGACGAGGAGUACGGCUUCUGGUCCUCGGACGAGAAGGAGCAGUUCCGCAUCUACAGGGUGGACAUCUCGGACACGCUCAUGUACGUCUACGAGAUGCUGGGCGCCGAGCUGCUGAGCAACCUGUACGACAAGCUGGGCCGCCUGCUCACCAACACCGAACAGCCCUCCUCCUGGCAGCACACAGAAGCACUGCUCUACGGGUUCCAGUCCAUCGCCGAGACCAUCGACGUCAACUACUCCGACGUGGUCCCGGGCCUCAUCGGGCUCAUCCCCCGCAUCAGCAUCAGCAACGUGCAGCUGGCCGACACCGUCAUGUUCACGAUCGGGGCCCUGUCCGAGUGGCUGGCCGACCACCCGGUCAUGAUCAACAGCGUCCUGCCCCUGGUCCUCCACGCCCUGGGGAACCCGGAGCUCUCCAUCUCCUCCGUGUCCACCCUCAAGAAGAUCUGCCGCGAGUGCAAGUAUGACCUGCCCCCCUACGCCGCCAACAUCGUCGCCGUCUCCCAGGAUGUGCUGAUGAAGCAGAUCCACAAGACGAGCCAGUGCAUGUGGCUGAUGCAGGCCCUGGGCUUCCUGCUGUCGGCCCUGCAGGUGGAGGAGAUCUUGAAGAACCUGCACUCGCUCAUCACGCCCUACAUCCAGCAGCUGGAGAAACUGGCCGAGGAGACGCCCAACCCCUCCAACAAGCUGGCCAUCAUCCACAUCCUGGGGCUGCUGUCCAACCUCUUCACCACGUUGGACGUCAGCCACCACGAGGAUGAGCACGAGGGCCCCGAGCUCAGGAAGCUGCCCGUGCCUCAGGGACCCAACCCGUGCCAGGAGGAGCAGCCGAGCUCCCGGUGGGGUGGGGGCUGCCGGGCUCACCGAGGGUCUCCCCAGGUGGUGGUGGUGCUGCAGCAAGUCUUCCAACUCAUCCAGAAAGUGCUGAGCAAAUGGCUCAACGAUGCCCAGGUGGUGGAGUCGGUGUGCGCCAUCUUCGAGAAGUCCGUGAAGACGCUGCUAGACGAUUUUGCCCCCAUGGUCCCGCAGCUUUGUGAGAUGCUGGGUCAGAUGUACAGCACCAUCCCCCAGGCCUCCGCCCUCGACCUCACCCGCCAGCUAGUGCACAUCUUUGCCCAUGAGCCCGCCCACUUCCCGCCCAUCAAGGCCCUCUUCCUGCUCGUCACCUCUGUCACGCUCACCCUCUUCCAGCAAGGGUCCAGGGAUCAUCCUGAUAUUGUUGAUUCAUUUAUGCAACUCCUGGCACAGGCCCUGAAGAGGAAGCCAGACCUGUUCCUGUGCGAGAGCCUGGACGUCAAGGCGGUGUUUCAGUGCGGGGUGCUGGCCCUCAAGUUCCCUGAGGCUCCCACCGUCAAAGCCUCCUGCGGCUUCUUUACGGAGCUGCUGCCGCGCUGCGGAGAAAUCCCGCCCGUCGGGCAGGUGGUGCAGGAGGAGGGCAAGGUGCUGCUGCAGGCCGUGCUGGAGGCCAUUGGAGGCCAGGCCUCCCGCAGCCUCAUGGACUCGUUCGCGGACGUGCUCUUCGCCCUGAACAAGCACUGCUUCAGCUGCCUCAGCGUCUGGAUCAAGGAGGCCCUGCAGCCCCCCGGCUUCCCCUCGCCGCGCCUCAGCCCCGAGCAGAAGGACACCUUCAGCCAGCAGAUCCUCAGCAGAGAGCGCGUGAACAAGCGGCGGGUGAAGGAGAUGGUGAAGGAGUUCACGUUACUGUGCCGCGGGCUGCAUGGCACCGAUUACACGGCUGACUACUGAGGGCCCGAUCCCACGCCCACCUCGCGCACCUCUCCGGACCCUCAGCGCCCGCCCUCUGCCCUUCCGCCCCCACCCCGUCUUCCCGCCGCCCCGUGGGCCCCCUUUCCUCCCCGCCCGUCUCCUCCGUGCAUGCGCUUCUCCUCUCCGGCCACGAGCCCCAUGGACUCAGCCAGCCACCCUGGCCUCCGGGCGCAGUGAGGAACGGCAGGGCGAAGGGAGGGGAGAGGGAGGGAGU